AAUUGCAUUAAUAUUUUCUAAUGAUUAUUUACACGAGUAUACUUAGGCUAAUAAAAAAGUAAUAACUGCUUACAUUUGCUGUGAAAUACUAAGUUGGAAAAUGAUAUUAGCCGUUGCUCUUAUUCUUCUGUGUACUAUCAACAUUGAGGGUCUUCCCGCUGACAAACAAACCCAAAAAAUCGGGAGAACUUCAAAAAAUGCCAAGACAACCAAGAAUACUAAUACUCAGUAUCCACCAAAGAACCCGUUCAAUAUUGAUAAAUACAAAAUAAGAGAUAGAAAUAAAAAUCCAGCAGGAGAAUAUGAGACACUUGACAUAUUGUCUGAAGAAGAAGUGGAUAUCAAAGAAAGUAUAGACGUAGUAAAGAAAUACCAACUCGAAAUGAAUGCUAACGUAACUACUAAGACAUCUCGCAAACCCUUCCAUGAAAAGUACGGGACAUUUCUGCCUGUAAACAAAAAUACUAAGCCAGUAUUCAAAGAUUUUCUGGAAAAAUACGCGCUCACAACAGUUUGGGACCAAAUAGAUAAAGAACGAAUAUUAACUGGCAAAAACAUCACAAGACGUAAAGAAAUGGUGUCCCUAGUUAAAGGCGUUGAUAACACAGAUGAGCUCUUGAGUCUUCAAGUAGAAAACGGCAGAGCCAAGUUGCCAGUACAAGCAGCUCGAAGAUUCAGAGCCGGCAAGCAUAACCUCGACGGAAACAUGUUUCAGUUCAACUACAUGCAUAUACACCAGUACAUUAUUGAAUUGAUGAAACAAGCAAUAUACCAGGCGAGGAACAGGAUGACAUUUAUGCAGGAUUUAAGAAACCGGCAUAGGAGAUCAGGGUUGUACAAAUUGGGGUUCCUUUUCGCAAAAGCAGAUCAGGCUGGUAAAACGUUUUCCUCUGUGUCGCAGAAGAGUAUUCGGAUGUGUAACAUGAUCAGGCAAGGUUUCGCGGGGGUUUACCGUCCAUACCACAGCUACAUCGACAUCGCUUACGCCCUCGAGAGAAUGGAGACUAAGUGGUUUGAUGUAGACCUGUUGUCAGAUCUGAUAGUAUCCAACGACAACAUGGUCAAACAUCAAAUAUUUACAAACACAAGUUUAAAAUCUCCCAGGGACCUUGCAAGCUCUUUUGAUAAAAUGUUUAUGGAAUAA